CCUUGUUUCAAGUGAAGGGAAGUAAAAUGUCGGCGAUGGAUGGGAUGGGCCUCUUAUUGUGCUUUUAACAAUAUCUCAACCUUUAAUAGUGUAUUUUAAACGUACAUUUCACGUUUUAGAAAAUAAAGGUUAUUUGAAGAUUGUGGAUUUAAACGGACAAAACAUAUAACUGGAUCUAAGACAAAGACUCCAGAGAAGGAUGAAGAAAGGAGUAGGACGAGGUUGACGUGUUACCAAGGUGAUAGGGAGAACCCAGAUGACGAGCCUAGCGAACUGGGAGCUGGCAUUACUGCAACCCCCGCCGAAACAACGAAGUGGCAGAGACGGGGGUCACACACUAUAAAAUUCUUCCCUUGGUCGUGAGGAUUCGCGAUACCACACUGUCUCUCGAAAAAGAUGUAAUUAGAUUAGCUAGAACGAACUGUUGCUCAAAGCCGCCUCAUAAACGUUUUCAGUCAGACAUUCACGCUUGCCAUACAGAGUUGAAAUGUCAAGCCAAUACAUUUUGAAUUGAGUAACAUUGCUUGUCAACUUCAGAGCUGUAAUGAUUUGACGCUUUGGUUAAAGGCAAGUACAAAUGCAUGCUAGUAGUAGUCAUCGCUCUUGUACACAUUCUAGCUGAUGCGAAAUGUCAUCACUGGUAGGAUCUCAUUGGCUAUUGCUGAUCACCGUUCUCAACUUGUCUUUAAACAUCUCACUCUACAAGAGCAGUGCAGAUUUUAUGACAAUAAAAUCCAAAAUUUUAGAACAUAUCGGGAUGUCUCAAAGACGGAUCGGUAGCCCUCAGAUUUAUUUUCUGACUCGCUCACAUUAAACGAGCAUCGGUGACAGCUGCGAGCUUCGAGUAGGCAACACCAUGGGUAUUUUGUCUCCGAUUUCAAACUUGUCUGGGACAGCUAAAUUGGGGUCAAAAUCACAUGCCUGGCUAAAGAGAGGAUGUCAGAGUGAAAAUUCUGACCUUGUAGUGGAGUUGACAGCUGAGGUGAGAGUGGAAGGCUCGUCACUGCUCAGUCUCCUGUCCACUGUCACCCCUGGUAUAGGCAGCAGGAAGACAGGGUUACUCUUUGAUCCCCGGCCCUCAGUAUCCCUCCUCCACCCACAACCCCAGGCUCCAGGGAGUUCUGGAUUACAGCUUACCCCAGGACCAGCUCCCAUCCUGGCCAUGGACUUAACUCAAAUCCCAGGCCUUAAAGGGAUGCCUGCUGUCCCUCCUCCUCACGGGAUCACAGAGACUGCCAAGAGCCCCCUGCCCUCCUCCACAUCUUCCUCCUCUCCCGCCUCCCCACCUUCCUCUUCAUCCUCCUCUCCUGGUGCCGUGGCAACCAGCUACCACAACGAUAUCCAGGAGGGAAGGGCCAACAGCAUGAUGAUGGGUGACGUGGUGUCUUCCACUUCCGCCUCCCUGGCUCCCCCCUCCUCUCACUCUGAUCCCUCUUUCUCCUCCUCAGAUCCCUUGUUAUGCCUCUCACCCCUUGUGGGCACCGACGGACAAAAAGAGCUCGAGACGGAGAUCUACGACCCAUUUCACCCCACGGAAGGAGAGAGGGAGGAAGGAGCGGCGGAGGAGGAAGGGGAAAAGUACGACCCCUUUGAUCCGACCGGCUCUCCCCCCUCAGAGAGAGAGGAAGAGGAGCGAGAGACGGGGGGAGGGAGGGAGAGAGGGAACAGCGUGAGCAGCAAGGGGAGCGAUGCCAGAGGGAAGAGAAGGAAGGCAGAGAUGGGGAGGACAGGAGGAGAGGAGAAAGACAAUGCUCCUCCAGACUCCACGGACGCUUUCUCUGUUCCCCCGCUCUCACCACGCUCCCUCCCUCUCCCCCUUCGGAGGAGGCUGGACCGAACCAAAGAGCCCCGGGUGAAAGUACGGGACAGGAGAGAGAAGGCGAACCACUCGGACCACUCUGAGAUUGAGGAGGGUGAGAUCGUUGGGGCCACCGAGAGGGAUGGAGGAAAGAGGGAGGAGAGAGGCCGGGAAGGAGUUCUUCCUCUCGUCCUCCCCAUCUCCUCUGGCAGUCCUUUCCUCCACAGGGGAGCCAAGCCGGAGAGGAUCCUGAGGGUGUUGGACGGGGAUAGCUUUGUGUCGGUGCGGGCUGAGGGGGACUGGGCGGGGCCGGUGAUGCCUGGCAGGGAGGAUGGGGAGCCCAUGGAGGAGGAGGAGGAGGAAGAAGAAGAAGAAGAGGUGGUGGUGGUCGGGGCGGGAGAUCUGAGGAGGAAGCUGGUCAGCCGGCGUAAGGCGAGAUACCGCUCCUCCUUCCCCUCUUCCCUCUCGCCUCAGCACCUCCCACCGUCUCCUCACACCGUCCCUCUGGCCCCCUCCCCGCUCACUGCCGAGAAGGACAAGAGCCGCAAGUCCUCCAAGAGCUCCAAGGAGAGGGAGCGGCGCAAGCGAAAGGAGUGCAAGGUAGAGGAGGAGGAGGAGAGGAGGAGGAAGAAAAGGAAAGAAAAGGAUGGUGGUGGUGGUGAGAGGAAGGAAAGACACAGGGAGAGGGGGCGGCGGAGUGAGAAAGCGAAGAAAACAAAAGUGGAGGAGGAGAGAGGGAGGAGCAGCAGAAGCGACAGCAGGAAGAGGAAGAAGAGACGACGGAGCACCCCGGAAUCUUCAGCACGCCCCCGCUCACAAAACACCUCAGUGCAGCAGGCCCAUGGUGGCCGCUCCUGGUCAAACACUUCAGAGGACCGACACAGAGAGAGAGACAGGGACAGAGACAGAGAGAAUAACAGAGACCGGUACAGACACAGAGAUGGGGAACGAGACGGCGAUCGAGACGGCGAUCGAGACAAGGACAGAAAGAAAGACGACACCCGGAGAAGGGAGAGGGAUGGACACUCUAGCCGGAUAAAGAGGGAAAGAGAGCGAGACGGCGUCCGCAAAUCGACCAGCCGAGAAAGAGGCAGCUCCAAGAGGUCCAAAGGAAGCAUAGAACCAAGGCACCGGGAAAGGGACAGGCACCAGGACAGAGAAAGGCACAGUGAAAGGCACCAGGACAGAGAAAGGGACAGGGAGAGACGUCGAGAUGGUCGACCCGUGGUGCCGCCAUCCAUCCAGGAUCUCAAUGGCUCUGACCUGUUCGCAAUCAAGCGCACCAUCACGGUCACCACCACCACCACCACCACUCUCCCCGGAUCCCCCCCACUGGCUCCAUCCUCCCCCCGCAGCCCCUCCCAGGGCUCCGAAAAGCCCCACAAGAGGAAGAAGAAGAGCCGUCGGCGCUCGGACGAAGAGUUAGACGACAGGAUUGGCCGGCGUGGGAGCCUUUCCCUCUCGCCGCCGUCACAUUACCAUGGCUAUGACUCGGACCACUUCUCAGACAAACUGGAGAUAGACAUGCGCUCUCUGGACGGGGAGGCUCUGGAUUCAGACUACCCUUCUAUAGAAGACUCCCCUCCCCAGCUUCUGGAACCCGCUGCCCUCAGCGCCAAACCCAAGACCGCUACCAAACCUGGACGCCACCACUUCAAGAAGAAAUCACGAACGGGCAAGAAAGCUGGUCAGUCCAAGUCGUCCUCUUCCUCCUCGGUUCGACCCAAAGGCAAGGGGCUCUCCACCUCCUCACUAUCCCCAACCCAGGCCACCCCCGGCCUGGCCUCCGCCCCAGCCACCCUCCCCUCGGCCAAACGAGGGCGGAAGAUAGGGAAGGAGAAAGAGCGUGGGGAAAAAGGAGGGAAGAAAGAGUCUGGUCGCUCUGGCAGGUCCAAGAAAUUAAGUGGGGGUGGGAGGAAAGCCAAGCUGCAGUCAAAAGUGUCAGUGCUGGUGCGCGAGGGCGUGAGCAGCACCACGGGGGGCCCGGUGGGCUCGGGGAAGGUGGGCAUGGAGCUCCUCGGUGUGGGCGGGCCAGUAGGGGGCUCUGGGUUGCCAGUGGUGGGAGGCUCCAUUGCCGUGGUCUUUAGGAGGGACAAUGAGAGCAGGUCUCCGUUCCUCAAGCCCUGCUCUGAGCCUCUAUUGCUAAGUGGACGCAACAAGGACCUGGGGAAGGUGGGCAAAAGCAGUUCCCUGGCCGUUCCACCUUCCUCCUUGCUGGCUAAUCCCACGGUGGCAGCGCUGAAGUCCAAGAAGGCCAAGCCCAGCUCUACCACCUCCACAUCCUCCUCGGCGUCUUCGCCCUCAUUGUCCCUAGCAAACAAGCGUAGGAGGCGGCUGGCGAAGAAGACGCGGGGAGAGAAAGGCUUAGCCAGCGGUUUGACGGACGUGGAUGGCGCUAUGGCCAACUGUAGCUCUGAGGGCGGCGGCUGGGGUGGGUCUUCCUCCGACAUCCAAUUAGGAGUGGGGGCUAAACCCUCCAGUCCGCACUCUGGUCCAGCUGGUCCAACCCCUUCCUCAUCCUCUUCAUCAUCCUCUUCCACCAGUGUCCUCCCCCCGUCCUCCUCACCCCCCCACACCCCUCCGCCCUCCCUCACCGCCUCACGUGAUGUUCGGGAGUCGUCUCCCGACUCUCAGACAGUGGACAGCAGCUGUAAGACCCCUGAGCCCUCUUUCCUACCCGAGGACUGCCCCGCUCAGACCCAGAGCACCCUCAACCUGUCCCCACCCAGUCCCUCGUCCCUACCCUCCUCCCAGGGGGGAGGCCUCUCACAGUACGGCCCCUCCAACAUGAAGCCCCUCCCUCUAGACGAAGGCCCCAAAUCCCUGGCCUCACCCCCUUGUUCCUCCUCAUCUGGCUCUGCCCUCGCCUCGCUUUCCCUUCCUCCUUUCUCCACAGACCCCUCCUCCUCUUCCUCCUCUUCUGUUUCUUCCUCCUCGGCCAACAAGCUGCCACCGCCGCCUCCUCCCCCUCCUGCUGCCCCUACCCUCCCCUGGAGUCUGCAGACAGGAGUGGACUGCACGGCCGGAGGAGUUUUAGCAUUGACAGCUCUGCUGUUUAAGAUGGAAGAGGCCAAUAUCGCAAGUAGAGCCAAAGCCCAGGAGUUCAUCCAUGCUACCAGCCAGAUUCUCUCCCAAACCAAUCAGAACCAUUCAUCGCAGCAUGCCCCUUCCUCUUCUUCCUCCUCCCAUGUUCUUCCUUCCCCUGGCCCCACCCCUGCCCAGUUCAUCCUGCACAGCGCUCUCCCAUUGGUGGGCUGCACCAAAACCCCGCCCAGCCACCUGCACCAUGGCAUGUCUUUGGGUGGUGGCUGUGCCCAGACCCCGCCCCCUCCCAUGCCCUCUGGGUUCUCGGGAGGGUCCGGAGACUUCAGUGAUAUAGGCUGGGACAACGACAGCAAGGACCCUGACAAGUACCUGAAGAAGCUCCACACUCAGGAGCGUGCGGUGGAGGAGGUGAAGCUGGCCAUUAAGCCUUACUACCAGCGUAAAGACAUCAACAAGGACGACUACAAGGACAUCCUGAGGAAGGCAGUGCACAAGAUCUGCCACAGUCGAAAGGGAGAGAUCAACCCGGUCAAGGUGAGCAACCUGGUCAAGCUUUAUGUUCAGAGGUACAAGUACUUCAGGAAGCACGGUCGAAAGAUGGAUGAGGAAGUGAGGGAGGACAGAGAGAUGGAUUCCUCCUAUUGAUUGGACAAGUGGGCGCUCUCACCCUACUCCCAUUUGUUCUGCUGCCCACUCUUUGCACGUGACUGGGCCCACUGAGGCUGUAGAGUGACAUUUGUUUUAUUCAUCUCCCUAUUUGCUGUCCCCAUGUAAACUCGUAACCCCCUGCUCCCUCUCUCGUGUCCUGUGUGUCUUGCUGUACAGAAAUAUUGAGUAGAUAUCCGCAAAAUAUACACACGCACUAUAUGAAUAAAUAAAAAGUGACAAUGUUAUGGGAGCGAUGCAGAACACACAUGCAUACACACUUACACGUGCGCACACACACAUACUGUACAUACUGUAAGUACACUACACUGACUCUCCUUUCUCUCUGUGUGGUAUAAACCUGUCAAAUAGUCAGGUUGUUGGUCGGCUGGUUUAAAUAUAGAAAUUUGACACUUGA